AUGAGUACUCGACGGGAUCUCUGCAGGAAUCGCGGAGACAGACGUGAACGGUGCCGAAUCUACAGUUCCUCGGAGGGAUUUCGGGCAGGAUUUGCGGCAGAAUUCGUGGAUCUACCGAGGAUACCAGUGAAGUUGGCCAAGUAUCAGGCUGACACGGUCUUGACUGCGCCAUGUCCUACCAGGGUUUUGUAUCCAAAAACUGGGGGAAACUUGCACUGUUUCACUGCAAUCACUUCCGUUGCAGUGCUUGACGUUCUGGCUCCACCAUAUUCAGAGGUUGCUGGCAGACGUUGUACUUAUUAUCAUGAUUAUCCAUACUCAACUUUCUCAACUGUAAAAGAACUUGAGAUGGAUGAGAGGGAAGAGGACUAUUCUUGGCUUGAGGCUAUAGACGCCCCUGAUGAUCUUUACAUGCGCUCUGGUAAAUAUAGUGGUCCUCCUGUUAAGCAAGAGUUAUCCUUUCCAGGAUUUUGCACCAUAGCUUAGUUCUAAGCCAUCUACAAAGAAGUUUCAAGUGAACUUGAAAACAUCAGAAAGCUCUGAAAGAUGCAAAAGAAUAUUUUGUAAAAGUGAGGGUUUCUUGAAUUGGUUCUCUUGUCUGGUGGUGAUCAUGGUGUUCAUGCUCUAUUUGUUCUGCUGCAUUUGAUUAGUAGUACAUGUGACUGCUGAACAUUUAGUUAUAAUGUAUUUAUUCAGAAAAAUAAAAUGUCCCUUAUUUUUUUUUUUU